AUUCGUAUCUCCAUGUAGUAAACAGAGAUAGAGACAAUUCAAGUAACUAAAAGUAAAAGGGAUACAUGACUAACUGAUUGCUCUUUAUGUAGAUAUUUUUCUUAACGAACAAACUUCAGUAAAAUGGAGAACUGAGGAGUUGAGGAGUAUUUUAUUGUUUUGUAUGAAAGUUUUGUUCACAAUAAUGUGCGUGCUUAAAAACAUAAUAAUUGUGGUAUAGACUGAUUGUUCGGGCAUCUGUCAUCAUUUUAAAGACAAAGGAAAUUACAAACGUCCAUAAGGACUGUAUAUAAGUAUGUUUCGACAUCUCCUAAUUAUGUCAGGACUAUCCUCCAGCUGCACAAGGGAUUGUUCGGGAAGAGGAGAAUGUUACAAUGGGACUUGUAUGUGUGAUAUCAGGUUCACAGGAGAUCUUUGUGAUGGCCCCAAUUUACCUUACCAUACAGGUAUCGGAGGUGUUUUCUUCUUCAUCAGUCUAGUGUGUGCUAUUCAACUAAUAACAUGCAUUAUGUCUGAAUAUAGAAGAUUGAAAGCGCCAACUUUAUUCAGAGCUUGCAAAGUAACGACUCAGAAGUUGAUCUAUUUCGUCAUUUGCUUGGCCAGCUUGAUACGGGGUGCAUAUUUUAUCUUUCCUGAAUUGUUUGAAUACGGCUGGUCAAACAGUCUACUCUCCUCCUAUUAUCCUCUUCUGAUGUCAAGUGCUUCGCUAAUUGUUUGCUUUUGGGCAGAGGUAUUCCAUUUACCGGGAAUUCGCUGGGACCGACCGCAGUUUCUUUCCAAAUCUUUUCUGGCCUUCGUUACUUUUAAUUUGAUCAGUUACAGUCUUCUGUUAGCCGAAUUUUUGACCACUCAACUUGCUGAACCUCCCUCAGAUGAUCCCGGUUUCUAUCAUCAUCUGUUCAACGGUUGUUAUGCUGUAUUGAUGUUCAUCGUUGUUAUUUUCUUCUUAAUCUACGGAGUGGAAGUCUAUUUUAAGGUUAGAGGAGGAUUCAUCGCAAGACCGCUACAACUGGCCGGUAACUCUUUCGAAACGGAGCCUUUGAAAGACGAGGCUCUCUUAAAGACGCAGAUCAAUUUGUCUCAGUUGCAUCAAUCCCGAAUAGGACUGUUAAGUCAAGCUCUGAUGUUGAUUGUGAUAUCCGGAUUCUUGUUUUCGGAAACUCUCUCAGAAUUUUGGAAAACUAAGGUGCCAAUAAACUCCAGAAACCUGCACAACAUAAUCUUUAGAGUGGUGGAAAUAGGCGUCGCUCUAUGGUUUCCAGCAGUAUUGUGGAACUGCAUGCAACCCUCCGAGCUAUGGAUACUGAAUCCGAGCAAACUUUUAGCCAAAAUAGACCAAUCGAGGAACGAAAACGUUACCGAUCAAAAUGUUAAGACUGACACCGACGACGAAGCGUUUCUGGAUAGACGGGAAUGCUGGAUAUGCUACGACGCCGAUAAGACCGAGCCCCUGAUACAGCCGUGCGACUGCACUGGCGACGUGUCGAGUGUUCAUCACGAAUGUCUUCGAAGAUGGUUAAUGGAAAGCUCUUCCUCCAGUAACGAACCUUUAAAAUGCAAAGUUUGCAAUUACGAAUACGACAUUCUUAAGAGCAGCGAGGUGAAAUGGGACAAAGGUUUUACUGCACAACACUGGGGAAGUACUGCCUUCAUCGUAACAUGCAUGUGUCUUGCCGUCGCCGGAGCUUGGAUCUCAAUUCAGUUGUAUGCAAAUCCGUACAUAAGAAUGGUCAGCGCCAGCCUGGCACUGAUGGUAAUCUACGUCUGUAUCAGGUUUUUGGGCCAAAAUACUCUAAGCGCCUAUCAGCGUGCCAAAGUAGCUGCACUAAGCAUUGGAAACCACGUGACCACAAUCAGCGCCAACGUAAAUCCUACUCCCGAAGAUGCGCAACAAGUGCAAGCCAGUCUAUAGCUUUCAGAAGUGUUUUGAACACUUAUAUAGCAGAAGGCCGAUGAAAAAGUUAUGUAAAAUUAUAGUUCAGUUGUUUUAUUUCGUAGAUUUUGGUAUUCUAUAUACAUGAUAUUGUUGCCAAGUUUAUAAUAUAGAAUAGUUUAUCGGGAAAUAUAAAAAAUAAACAAAACGUUUAGUAGGAACAGUACUAGACACGUACUGAUUAAUGACUACUACAAAAAUAUAUUUACCAGUGUUUUACCAGUUUAUAAGUAUUGAUUGAAAUACUUUUAGUCUUCUUAGUUUCGAAAAAUGAUAAGUAGAUGACGCAGUUUUUAAAAAUCUCAAAACUUGACUCCUUUUGAUAUUUGAUAAUUGUCAUUCAUAAUGCUCUUUCCGAAUAUUCUUCCAAAGCCCUUUAUCUUGUAGCAUAUCAGUUUUAGGCAUUUUUGGGGAUAUUAGACAGUAUAAUAGGAAAACAUGGAUCUGUUUCUAUAUAACUGCUUAUGUCCCGUUCUUAUUUGGCUUGUUCUGUAUAACAGAUCUUAUCUCAGAUUAGUCAUGUGGACGGGAAAAAACGUUUAAAAAUCUUUUUCCUGUGUGACUUCGAAAGCAGAAACGUUAAUAUAUUUAUAGAAGUUUUUAAUUUUAUACCUGUGUUAUGAUUCCCAUAAAAUCGCUUAAAGCUGUUCCUGAGCUACAAAUAUACAUCAGGGAAAUAAAUAUUCAUAGAUAUUUGCAUCGUAUGAAUAAACCAGUCAUCUAUUGAUAUUUUUCAAUCGUGAAAAGUAUAGAAAAGUCAAUUUUUAAUUCUAUUACUAACGCCUGAAGCUUAAAAGUGAGAUAUUGUCAAAUAUCUUUUAUCUUUACUGAUAUGUAAAGGGUGCACAGGCUCAAAGAAAUUAGUUUUUUUCCUUUUUUCUUCUCCUAAUUAUCAUUUUAGCCAAUAAAUGCCGGUCCUAGAUAAUAAAAAAGAAUUUAUAAGUAAAAUUGGAUCUUAUUUGAUCCCAUACUCUCUUUCUCAGCUUGAUUUCAACGCUUUGUUUCUCGACUUUUGUGUUAGGUCUCAAAAUAUGCCCCCAGUUCUGCUCAUCCGUUUCUCUCUCAAAAUAUAAUAUAGACCUGGAACAUUCUGUUGGAUUUAUUGAGUGUGUUGCGUUUGUGCAACACCCGCAUAAACAAAAAUACGUCUCAAAAUACGCCCCAAGUUCUUCUCUUUCGUUUAUCUCUCAAAAUAUCUCUACCUGAAACAUUCUUUUGGUAUGAGUAUGUUGCGUUUAUGCAACACACUAAUAAACAAAAACACAGAAUUCUACCACUAAAAAAUAUAAAAGAGUCUGGAUUCCGGUCCUAGCUAAUAGACCAAGAAAUUUUAGGUAACGUUGGAUCUUAUUGGUUCACAUAUUCUCCUUCUCGGGUUGAUUCCAAGGUUUUAUUUGUCAACUUUUGUAUUCCACAUUCCACCCUCUAAGUUCUUCUCUUUCGUUUCUCUCUCUAAAUAUCUCUACAUACAACAUUCUUUUGGAGUUUAUGAGUAUGUUGCGUUUGUGCAACAUAAACAAAAACAAAAAAAUUGCCCUUAGAAAAGGUAAAAGGGAAAGGCAUUCCGGUCCUAGCUAAUAGACCAAGAAUUUUUAGGUAAAAUUGGAUUUUAUUCGUCCACAUAAACUUCUUCUGGGGUUGAUAUUAGUGCUUUAUUUGUCAACUUUUUGGUUGGGUCAAAUACGUCCCAAGUAUUUCCAAAUUUCCUUAUCUGGAGCAUUCUUGUGAGGUCUGUAAACAGUUGCCGAGGGUUAGAUCUGAAUAAUGCUGUGGAUGCGAAAUAAAUCUGUAGGUUAAAGAAGUGGUGGAUACGUAUUUCAUCCAUUGUUACAUUUCGAUGCAGAAACUGAACGAUUUUUGUAUUAAAAAAGACAUUUUCGUGCCCUCUAUGAGGUAGAAAAGGAAAAAAGGGAAUGGGAGGACAGAAUAUUUUUCCAAUAUGAACACCCUUAAUUUUUCUAUGCAAUUUUUGUUCGUAAUUAUUUGUAGCUACGAACAGUUUACUUAUUUCUGUCAAAGCAAUUUUUAUUCUUAUUUUCUUUGCUAGUAGGCUUCGUGAAGACAAGUACACGCUGUAUAUUUCCCGGACCAUAUACCGUUCCAUGAUAGACCUAUCCAAAAAUAUUUACGGCUUCAAUUUAUUCAAAAAAUAAGCUUUUUAGUAAGGAUUUUUCGUGCUUCGAAUUUCUUGCUAUAUUUUACAUACACUUUUAUAGCUGCCAGCUAGACUAGUGGCUCAUGAAACAUUUGAAAGAAAUUUGUGAUAAUAUUAAUUGUAUUAUAAUGUAUAUUUUUAUUUUAAUCAUAGAGUUAAUAUAUUCAGUUCUAGGUUUUAGUUGAUAAGUUGUGAACGUUAAACAUUAUUUGUAGAAGUAAACAUACGUGUACCUGUUUUGAGUAAAGUUUUAUUUCAUCGAGAUGAAUGCUUGUCAGUUACCAAAGGGAUGAGGAACAUUCUGGUGGACCUCUAUCAUCAAGACUAUCCAACAAGUAGUCGAAUUCUUUGUGAAAAAGAUAUAGGCGGAUGCUUUUGUCCAAAAAGGUCAAUUGUAUAGUCACAGCUAAAACAUUUUUUAAACGAUAGAUUUUGAUGCCGAUAUGAUACAGUAUGUCUGCGUAACUUAAAACCAUAUGGGAAACUUUUUUAAUAUCAAUUUUACGAAAAAAAGUUAUUCUUCAUAAAGUGCUCUGCAUAGUCUAAAACCUAAGAUGCAAUCAUCAGAUAUCAAAUUUUAUCAAUCAUAUACGAGGUAUGUCCAAAAAUAUGAAUUUUGCUGAAGAGUAAAGUGCCUUUAUAUUUCAUAUCAAAAAUUGUUAUUAAGAAAAGUUGUUUGUAAUUAAAAAUUAUUUUAUAAUAUGUAUUUACACUCUUCUAAUUGAAAAAAAAAUUGAAAAUUUUCCUCAAAUUACGGAUACCCAACAUCAUUUUUAUUUAAGAUAACACCGUUAUUAUUAAUUUUGCGAAAAAAAGUUAUUCUUUAUAAAAAUGUCUGAAUAGUCAAAAAACUAAGAUGCAAUCAUAAGAUAUCAUUUUUUUUUCAAUUUUAUACGAGGCAUGUCAAAAAAUAUGAAUUUCGCUCAAUAGUAAAAUACCUUUUAGGUCUGGAUCCCGCGUAUGAAAAAAAAAGUUGAUUAAUAGCAAGCUGAAAAUUUGUUAAUAGCUUAAGGGUGUCUAGUCGGACAAACUUUGAUAUAUGGGAACACUGGAACAGGGAAAGUUUUAAUUGUGGAACAGGUUAAAAAUUUGGAACGGUCAAACCACGAAAACGGCACAUGUAUUUUGUCCGACAGAACAGACUUAAACUCUCCGAACAGAGAUUAAACUCUCAUGCAAAAAUCAGACUGCUAUUUAUCACCAAAUGGGCGUUUUAAUGAGUCUAACAUGUAGAAUAUGUCAAAUGACAGGUGAUAAAUAGCAGUCUGAUUUUUGCAUGAGAGUUUAAUGUCUGUUCGGAGAGUUUAAGUCUGUUCUGUCGGACAAAAUAAAUGUGCCGUUUUCGUGGUCUGACCGUUCCAAAUUUUUAACCUGUUCCACAAUUAAAACUGCCCCUGUUCCAGUGUUCCCAUAUAUCAAAGUUUAUCCGACUAGACACCCUUAAACUAUUAACAAAUUUUCAGCUUGCUAUUAAUCAACUUUUUUUUCAUACGCGGGAUCCAGACCUAUUUAUAGUUCACAAUAUUUCAACUAGAAGGAUGCAAUUUCAUACUGAAACAUAGUUUUUAAUUCUGAACAACUUUUUAUAAUAACAUUUCAAUAUUGUGAAAAUUAAAGGUACUUUACAGCGAAAUUCAUAUUUUUUGACAUACCUCGUAUAAAAUUGACAAAAUUUAAUAUCUUAUAAUUUUAUCUUAGUUGUUAGACUAUGCAGAACGUUUUGUAAAGAAUAUUUUUUUUUUCGUAAAAUUAAUAAUAACGAAGCUAUCAUAAAUAAAAAUGAUGUUGGGUGUCCGUGAUUUGAGAAAAAAAAUUUCAAAAAAAAAUUUUUCAAUUAGAAGAGUAAAUGCAGAUUAUAACAUAAUUUUUAAUUAUAAACAAUUUUUCUCAAUGACAAUUUUCGAUGUUGUGAAAUAUAAAGGCACUUUACUCUUGAGCGAAAUUCAUAUUUUUUGACAUACCUCGUUUAGCGCCGGACUCCACUUGCGAUUUUCUAGUCGCGUGAUUGUUUUGUCGCGAAGAUUGAAUACAUUGUUUCAAAUACAAGUCAAUCCCCGAUUAUUUAGUCGCAAAUGGAUUGACUUGUAUUUGAAACAAUGUGUUCAAUCUUCGUGACAAAACAAUCGCGCGACUACAAAUCGCAAGUGGAGUCCGGCGCAUACUGUUGAUAAAAUUUGAUAUCUGAUGAUUGCGUCUUUGGUUUUAGACUAUGUAGAGCACUUUAUAAAGAAUAGCUUUUUUUCGUAAAAUUGAUAUUAAAAAAGUUUCCCAUAUACGCAGACACACUGUAUAUGUUUAAAAGGUUACAACAUAUUUUCUCUAUAUUAAUUUUCAAUAUGAUCAAAAAUAGAGAUAUUCUUGAGCAAGGAGAACAUUUUUUACACACUUCCUAUACAACUGAUAAAAUUUUAUAUCUGAUGUAAUCUAUAUAAAAAUCUAUUUAGUAAUAUAAACAUUAACAUGAUUAAUUAUACAGGGUGUACAAAAAAAUUAAUUAAAUUAAUUGUUUAAUUAAUACAGUGGAACCUCGAUAACUCGGAUUAAUCGGGACCACGACCGAUCCGGGUUAUCGAAAAUCCGAGAUAGCCGGAGAAUAUGGUAAAAAUUAAUAAAAUACGGUAUACUUACAGAUAAACUCCGUUAGAAUUGAAAUAACAUGAAAUAUUUUUAUAAAUAUGCACAGUACAUAUUACCUACUCAUUACAAUUCUAAAAAAAACACCAAACCCAAACAAUACAAGACACACAAUACUAAAGACCAUUGUUUAUAAAAGAAUUUUUUAAAUAGUCUUUCCUAAACAAUGCUGACAGUUUGAAAUAAAAAGGAAUAGAUACUACAGACAGCUGGCUGUUGUUUCUGAGGCGUGUACUAUGAGUAAUUUUUAAUCUCGUGUUCAAAUUACACACAUAAGUACAUGACACAGAGAGUCUAGACACAUUAUCUCUCAAAUAUUAUAUUACAUACACUUUUAUUGUUGAAAGGAUUGUCUGAUAAUUAACUAUUUUGAUUGGAAAUAAGCCACAAUUAAAUUGAAAAAUACAAAAUAUUGAAAAUCAAAAUGUUUAUCUGAUGAAAAUCGGUCCGGGUUAGCCGGACUUCCGGGUUAUCGGGGGCCGACUUAUCGGGGUUCCACUGUAAUUAAAAAAAAAAUUUGGACACCCUGUAUAAAUAAUGAUCUUAAUGUUUACAGUACUGUAUAGAGUACUGUAAGUCGAUUACGUCAUCACGCCCAAAUGGAUGACGUCACUAGUACGAUAUAUAUGUCAAAAAAUCAUAAUUUAAAAAUCGAAUUACUUUUGUAUUUUACAUUUCUUUCUAAUUCUGUAAAUAAAGCAGUUUACAAGGGGGUCAAAAUAUAAUGAAUAACCCUGUACAUUCAUUGGGGCCGACCGACCGGCUCUGUCCCGUCAUACAGCUGACCGACUAUAAUAAAUUUUAUUUAUAUUCAAUUUAGAAUGUGUGUACUGAUUUUUAGCCUUAGUAAAUGGAUUUAAUUACCUUCGUAGGAAAGCAACUUUGAUACCCUCUCAGUAACCCCUGUUCUACGUUUCGCUUGACCGACCGCAGUAUGUUUCUCUACACAAUCACAGUAAUCAACUGUGAAAAAUUUAGCUUUAGUAAAUUCAAAGAGAUUUUUCAGCGCUGCCUCUCCGUCUAUAAAGAAUGGCUUCUACCAACAUUCGUGACUAUACCGAAAAAGAGAAACGCCAGACAAUGUUGCGAACACCGUACCAUCAGUCUAAUGUACCACACACUAAAAGUAUUUCUAAAGAUUAUUCAUCGUAGAAUAUAUAAAAAUUUAGAACAAGACAUUGGACAAACUCAGUUCGGAUUUAGAAAUGUUCGAGAACCAGAGAGGCAUUAUUUGCAGUAAAUGUGCUAAUACAGAUAUGUUUAGAUGUAAACCAGGACAUCUAUGUCUGCUUCCUAGCUUAUAAAAAGGCAUUCGAUAGGGUGAAACAUAAUCCGCUAAUAAAACUACUGUGAACAAAGAAUAUCGACACACGGGAUAUAAGAAUAAUAAAUAAUCUGUAUUAUGAACAAGAAGUUGUCAUAAGAAUAAAUAAUUUAAAAACUAAUAAAAUCAAAAGAGGUGUUAGACACGGAUGUGUCUUGUCGUCAUCACUGUUUAAUGCAUGCUCGGAGGAAAUAUUCAAAAAAGCAUUAGAAGAUGAAGUAGCAGGCAUAAAAAUAAAUGGCCUACCCAUAUGUGAGAUUAGAUAUGCUGAUGAUACAAUACUAAUAGCAGAAAAUAUUACAGAUCUACAAAGAAUUGUAGAUAAGAUGGUUGUAACGAGUGAAUAAUUUGGUCUGUCACUAAACAUAAAAAAACAAAAUUCAUGGUUAUAUCAAAGAAAAAUAUUAGAAACAUCAAUCUACACGUAAAGAAUAAGACGAUAGAACGAGUUCAGAAUUAUAACUAUUUAGGGACAAACAUUAAUGAAACAAACGAUUAUACCAAAGAAAUCAGAGUUAGAAUAGAAAAGGCUAGAAGUGCCUUCAAUCUAUGAAACAAAUAUUAUGUAGUAGAGACCUCAGUCUAAAUCUUAGAAAACGAGUACUAAAGUGUUAUGUAUUUUCUGUUCUUUUGUAUGGUGUGGCGAUAUGGACUCUUAAUAAACAAUGUCUCAAUAGAUUGGAAGCAUUUGAAAUGUGGACAUAUCGAAGAAUGCUGAGAAUCUCCUGGACAGACAGAAUAACCAAUGAAGAAGUACUAAGAAGAAUAGGGAACAGCAGGGAGAUAGUGGAUUCCACCAAAAUAAGAAAACUACAAUAUUUGGGUCAUAUAACACGUGGUGACAGAUAUGAACUCCUAAAAUUAAUAAUGAGGGAAAGAUUCUAGGAAGGCGCAGCAUAGGUAGAAGCAAAAUGUCCAGAUUUAGAAAUCUCAGAGAAUGGUUUAGAUAUAGCUCAACUGAACUCUUUCGGGUUGUAGUGUCAAAAGUUAGAAUAGCAAUGAUGAUUGCCAACCUUCGUCUCGGAGAUGGCACGUAAAGAAGAAAUGAGUACAUUCAACAACAUGGGCAAACUCUUUAAAAGCCACAACCUUAAUCUGGAGAUAAAAGUAAGGCUCCUACGAUGUUAUAUCUUCUCAAUAUUAUACUACGGAGUUGAAUCCUGGACACUCAUUAAAGCGAUGCAGAAAAAACUUGAAUAUUCGAGAUGUAGCUAUACAGGCGAAUCCUAAGGAUAUCAUGGACGGACAAGAUAACCAACGAGACCGUACUACGAAGAAUGGGGAAAGAAUGAGAGGUGAUGUAUACGAUUAAAAGGAGAAAGUUAGAAUAUCUCGGACACAUAAUGAGAAACGGCACUAAAUACAGAUUACUGAAGGUAACCCUUCAAGGCAAAGUAUUCGGAAAACGAGGAAUUGGGAGAAGAAAAAUAUCAUGGUUAAAGAACCUGAGGAAAUGGUUCUCCACAACAAAAACUAAUAUAUGUAAAGCAUCAUUUAAUAAAAUAAUUAUAGCCAGAAUGAUAGGCCAAAAUUCGAAACGAAUAGGCAUCAAAUGAAGAAGUUAUUCCCCCAGUGCGACAGAGAAAAUUGUUUGUAUUUAGGGUAGGCAUCUCUUUCUAAUCGACGAGAUUUAUCCAAUGACGUUGGCUUUAUCGACCACGUGACUUUCCCACUACCGCCGAUUUAAUAAACCUCGCCGAUUAGAGAUGCCUACCCUAAAUACAAACACUGUUCUCUGUCACACUGGGGGAACAAUUUUAGAUUACAGCGCGCAGUCUAGGUAGUAUAUUAUGUCUAUGCGUGUAACUGACAGGUAUCAUAACCUAAAAACAUUUCCAAUUUGAAAUCGCACAAAAAUUAUAAUUUUUCGUCACUUGUACGCAGGGUUGGAAGUCAAAGACAUGCACAUACCACAUAUACAUCAGUAAUGCUGAGAAAUAUUUCAAUUUUUAUCUCUCGUACAGACUAUAAUCGAGUACAGACUAAUGGCGAGUUUUAAGUCACUUUUCACACACUUUUGAGGGCCAAUGAGUGGAGGGAAAGACAUUCAAAACUUAACGUUAUUAAAGUCAGUACGGAUUCCUACACAUUUCUUCGGAUCCAAGUGCAGUUCUUUCAAUAAGUUUAAUACUAUUUUUUCCAAUGCUUCUCCUGGCAAGCCUUCUUUUUCCCCUCUUCCUUGAUUUUCACUAAUUAUCUCAUAAGCGUCAAUGAACCUGACAAAGUCUUCACGAAUGUUGUUAUUGUGUAUUUAGGUAUCUCAAAUUUAGAGAAAGCUGUUCCAUGUGGGAUACGUCGUUGGUCGUUUCGUCAAAUAUGACAGAGUAAUAAUUUGCACUCUGAUUCAUAAUUUGUUCAAUUAUUUCUCCACAUGUUAUCAAUUUAUUUUGAAUGGUGCUACUAAUGUAUGUUGCUCAGGAAGAUGCUGUGGAUAGGUGUUGUUUAAGAGUCUUAUCUCCUGAUGCGACUUUAAACCUUAAUAAUUCCCCUCAUUGGUGGGUCCAGCAUCUUCGUCCAGAAGCAGAAGGCCAUUAUCACGAUGGCCUUUUAGAGGAAUAUUUUGUCGACCUAAAAACCCUAUAGACUUUACUUUUGGUCAUAGUCUUUCUCAAUUUUCUUGUAUCUCUUUAGAUCUCUGAGAGUCUAUCUGGUUAAUGACUGACUUUUGCGGGUUGCGAUAACUGUAGAAAAUCCAGCCCAAUCUGAACGAAUUUCUUGUGGUAUGAUGUUUUUUCAUGAGUUUGUAUGCCUCCGUCUUUGUCCAUGAGUUUAGCGAAAGAUGAUAAAGGUUUAGUGACAAGCUUUUGGGCUGUCAUCCCUUUAUUGUGACCAUAUUUUUCAUUAGAAAAAUAAAACGCCAUACUUACAAAACAAUAUCUUUUGAAUAUGCGAAAGUACCAACCAACUCCUUUGUUCUAAGCGCUGGUGACCCAAGUAACGCUCCAUUUCUUUUUAAUUCUGUAUGUGUACAGAAUGUGGAAAUUUACACGAUUUUAAUGGCUGCCAAGAUCGUUCUAACAAUCGGCACUCUGUAAAAUUAUCAACAUUUUGAUUUACAAAACAUCCUAUGUCAUUCUUGAAGCUACCUUUACUGCUUUUGUUCAAUUCUAGUCAAGAAGACAUAUUUAUCCUCAUAUAUAUGUGUUUGAAACUAAAAACAUUUGAACUGCAAAUAUUUAAAUUUAUAUAUUUUUUUUUAAUUCUCGGAGGGGGCAUGGCCCCCUCCCUGGAUCCGCCCUUGUGUUGCCGGCUUAAAAUUUGCUGUCAUCUCCGUUUAAUUCCAUGUUAUGAACUGCCAUAUAUUCACUUCUUUGACUUCCAACAGUGUAUUAUUAUUAUUUGCGAAGUCUUUUAGAUCAUUAACCUUGAUACAUUCGUACCUCUUACAAAAUUUAUUAUUAUUGAAAUCUUUUUUUUGUGUUUCUCAUAAGGUAUUUGUUUUUGUUAACUAGAAUUUUUUACUUUUUUGUUAUUCUUAAUUCUUAUUGUUAGAUGCUAAUGUAAAUAAAAAGCUUUAGAAAGUAUAUUUAAUUAUUAAUUCUGCAUUUAUUGUGCGCAUGCGUAUUCUUUACACGUCAUAUUUGUCUUGAUAGAAUUUUAUAGGUUUUGUUUAAGGGGAUAGGCGCAAAAUUUCGGCUCCAAUGCUAUUUAAAUUCAUUCAUUUUUCUCGACUCCUGAGAAAACUAAUAAGUAUUUUUGAAAAAUUUUAACGCAAAAUGAAAGAUUACGUUAUUACCGAGGGUAGAAAGUCCCUCAAAACUUCUAUAAUGUCUAUUUUAAUAAGUUACAGGGGUGAAAAAGAAAAGAAAAUUUAGUGUGAUUUUUAAUUUUAAAUAUCUCAUUCAAAAGAAACUUUUUGUUUGCUCUAAGGGACUUUCUACCCUCGGUAAUAAUGUAGUCUUUCAUUCUGCGUUUAAAUUUUUCAAAAAUAUUUAUUAGUUUUUUCAGGAUUUGAAAAAAUGAACAAAAUAUUGGUCAUACAAUGCACUCAGUCGAACAGAACGUGGUGACAAGACAGUGACAAAUAAGGCUACUAAAUAUUUGACAUGACUUCAGGAAUAUUUUGAGUUGUUUAUUAAAUAAUAUUGAUAGUGUAUUUGAUAAAUAAUUGAUUUAAGACGUGAACAGAGAAUACACCAGGAUAUAUUCUGUGAUUCAAGUAUUUUGUUGUUAAAGAUGUUCUCAAAAUUUAUCUAAGUGUUCCAUAGUAUCAAUAUAUUAUUAAAAAAUAACUUUUUCUCUUUUGUCGAGUAUUAGUUUUUGUUGUAUAGUAUAUAAUUUAUUGUAAUCACUGAAUACAUAGUUAGUGAAAAAAUAAUCAUAUUAAUUAUCUGAAUUAAUAAUUUAAGUGUUAAACAAGUAACGGUUAUCCAAGAACAUUCAAAAGCCAUCUCUAAGUUAAUGAUGACAAUGUUAUUCUCAACUAGUCUAGUCUCCAUAUCAGUGAGAAUUUUACUAUACGUAAUUUCCCAUGUAAAGAAAGAAAAAGUAGAGAUAGCCGUAAAAUAUUUGCGCCUACGCUCGUAAUGACAGCGUACAGCACAAAAACAAUGAAUGGGUAAUAUAUAGCAAUGGGGCAAUGAGAGGUAAUAGAAGAGGAAACAAAUAAAAAUAACAUAAAGAAACUAAUGUAUGUAAUGUCCUUGUGUAAAGGUACCAUUUUAGGUAGAGCACCGACUCUAAUUUUCCUCAUAAUAUGAAAACAAUUAUGUUUGCCGUACACUUCCUUUGGAUAUACACCUUACAGAAUUUGCAAAUACCAAAAUCUACAAAUAUUUGAAAAUAUUUGGUUUUUUGAUUUUAUUAGACAAAAAAUAACAAAGAUCUCAUUGAAUUCUGUUUUUUAUUACUGAGUUACUCCAAAUGUAGACAACUUGCAGUUCCUGGUGGUAGUGUUGUCCGAUAAAUGAUCAAGUGAAACAGAAGUGAUGAAAAACGGCCAUUUUAAAUCUAAUCGUGUAUACUUUAAAUGCAAAAUAAAUUUACCAAACUUAUUUUUCUCCUGGUCCUCUUAACUUUUCAAAGUCAGGGUUAACCUCCAUUAAAAUUUCAGCCAUGCAUUUCUUAUCCAGAGUUAUCCCACAAUGCCUGUCUUUUGUACCAGCGCCAUCUAAUAUUUUUUCCAUUAUGUAGGUACGUGCCACUGGAUUCACUAGUACUAUAAGUUGACAGAGGUUUAAAAAAUCAGAGACCAUACUUACAAAAAAUAGCAUGUCUGAGCUACCAAAAUGUUUUGGGUAAAAACCCUUUAAAUGUGAAGAAUUAUGUUGUGUUAUAUACAUGAUUUAGUAGGGCUUUUCAUUCACAGUCACUUUUUCGAGCAUCUGUCAUAUCUCGUAUAAUCCGUGUAUAUUAAUAUUAUACACAGAUUAUACAACAUAUGACAGAAGCUCGAAACAAAUGACAAUCGAUGAAAAACCCUAUUAAAAGUUAGGGAGAAAUAAAACAUGACACUUGACUCCUGCGCACACAGGGUCGGCUUUGCUUAAUUUUACAAACACAAAAUUAAAUGCAUCUUGUAGGUACGGUAAGUGCAUAAUACUUUGACUUUGAUACUAAAAUCACUUUACCUAUUUUACAUCACCUGUAUAAUGUCUUUAAACCUUUGUUUAUCUUUUGUAAGUUGUACUUUAGUAAGAAUUUUCUAAAAGACUUCAUGAUUUUUCACUUUAUCGUAUUGUAGGUUAGGACAUAUAAUACAGUCAUUCGUAAUAGAUAUAAAAUCAUUGUUUAGAUAUAAAAAUCCUUAGAUAUAUCAUUAAAACAGUGCAGAAAUUUGUUGUAAAGGUGCUAAUUCUAGUAUAGUGUAAACCCUUUGACGUAAGGAGUGUUCGUUCUGAAGUAAAUUUCCAACAUGCGAUUUUUAUUGUAGUUAAUAAGUAAUUGGUAAACAGAAAGCAUUGUAGAUCAAAUGUAGACUAUUUUUCUAAUCAUUGUAUUUGGCAAUAAUUGUUUUUUUACUUAUAAUGGAUCAAAAUAACUAUAAAUAUGUCAAUCACCCGGUUAACCCAUGAAGAACAGAAUUGUUGAUGGCCAAAGAGCUCUAAUAACAUAAAAUAUGCAAAGAAAAACUGCUAAAAAUAAUUUUAAGAUUUUACCCUCACAAAUAAGUCAAAAAAUACAUGUUGCCAUAUGGUAACAGCAAUCCUUGUCAGAUAUGUCCUCCAUUGUAAAUUUAAACAUACAGGUAUUUUAAAAUAUGCCAAAGGAAGAAGAAUUAACACACUAUAUAACUAAAGAGGUCAAAGUAAAUAUUGAAGAUAUUGUACGUUAUAGCCUUUGCCUACUUCAGUAUGCAGUCAAUUGUUCGGAAAGUCGAUAUACAGAUCUACCCUGCGUGUUUCUUCUUUUCGUCUACACUAGUUGUCAGAAAGUGACAACUACUAAAAGAACGGCUAGAGACACUUGUAGACGGAUGUGUUUCACGUUUUGGAAGAUUUUUUUAAACAUGCCUUAAUACUCUUUCAUUUUUUUCUUUGGAAGGUGAUGAAAUAUGGAAAAAUCUAGUAGAAACUUCCAAAAACAUUUGAAAGCCGGGUUUUUUUCGUAUAAGACGAGGUUGCGUAUUUUUUAAGAAGCCUUACUACUUAAGUGAAGGAAUAAAUAUUUAAUAAAAGAUCUGUUACAGACAGUAAUGAUCAAACAACAGAAAUAAUAAUUCUCUGCAACAAAGACAUUAGAUUAGAACUGAGAGUAAAAUUAUUUAAAAAUAAGACACUAAUAUUAUGAAGUUUAUUUUGUAUAACACACAAAAUAUACCAUAAUAUACAGUUUUGAAGUUUUUUUUCAACCCCCCUCUGUGGCUCAGUGGUAAGAGCGCCCACCUUUGGAUCGAAAGGUCCGAAUGGUCGUGAGUUCGAAUCACACCAGGGUCAGAAAUUUUUCGUUUAUUAUAAAUUAAUAAUUGAAGGUAGUUUCUGUCCUUGUGGGAUCGGUACUCACAUGAGGGACCGCAGACGUUCGGAUACAAUUAGCGUCUCUUUGCAAAGACAAUGACGUCGACUUUACAAAGUAACAAGGCACUUACUCAACACACACACACACUACACAUGACACUAGAUACCUAACUGCAAAAAUUCACUGUAUUGCCUACCAUGCCAAUGGCCAUUAGUUGUCGAGACAUUAGCUAAAUAAAAAAAAAGUUUUUCAAAAAAAUACUAGCGCCAUCUGUUAUUGGAGUAAAACUUUUGUAUUCAGAAGCAGUUUCUGUCUAACUCAACAUUGUUGCCAUAAUGCAACGCGAGUCCUUCAUGGGUUAAAUUAAGGAUAUUGGGUAGAUUAGUAGAAAUCUUUUCGUCCUCGGUAUUAUUGUUUUGAAAAUUAAGUGCAAUACGUGAAAAACUGUUUUGUUGAAAACAUUUAAAAAUUUUUAUACUUUUCAUUUAAUGAUAUUAGUUUUAAUCAUUACUUUACAUGUAUUGUUUGUCUAAGUUGUGUGGUAUUCUCCAUUAAAUGGUCACUACUUGACUUCGAUGUCGUCUUAAUAUUAACCUUUAUGUUACUGUAAAUAUAUGGAUGUUCUAUUCAGUAGUUGUGAAUAUAAUAUACUGGAUGUUCAUGGA